UCUGAUUUGCCUAUAUCAUCCACUGACCUUCUCUUCUUCCUCUCUGCCUUCGCAAAGUUGACACCACUCAUGCAUGAACACGUCGCUGUCUACACGACGUAAUUAGCACGCAGCUGCGAUCUCCGAAACAGGGAGCUCGCCGCGCGCGACGCCGACGAGGUCAAUGAAGCCGCCGCCCACCGCCGCCGCUACCUCGGAUUCCGACGGCGGCGGCGGCGGCGGCGGUGGCCUGAUCCGGCCGUCGCGGAUAUGCUACAUGGCCAUCCUCUCCGCCGUCUUCUGGUUCUUGGUCUUCUCCCUCCUCUCCGGCAUGCCGGGCGGCGGCGACCUGUCGUCCGUGCUGUUCAGGCCGUCGUCGCUGUCGCUCCCGCUCCUGAACAGCUUCACGUUCGACCAGAACCCUUCGCCGGAGCAGCAGCCGCCGCCGGCGCCGGCGCCGGCGGAGGAUCGCUGCGCCGGGAGGUACAUCUACAUGUACGACAUGCCGGCGAGGUUCAACGAGGAGCUCCUCCGCGACUGCCGCGCGCUCCGGCCGUGGACGGCGGAGGGGAUGUGCCGGUACGUGGCGAACGGCGGGAUGGGCGAGCCGAUGGGCGGCGAUGGCGGCGGCAUAUUCUCCGAGCGCGGCUGGUUCGACACCGACCAGUUCGUGCUCGACAUCAUCUUCCAUGGGAGGAUGAAGCGGUACGGCUGCCUGACCGGCGACCCCGCCGCCGCCGCCGCGGUGUUCGUCCCGUUCUACGGCAGCUGCGACCUCGGGAGGCACAUCUUCCACCGGAACGCGUCGGUGAAGGACGCGCUCUCCGAGGACCUCGUCGGGUGGCUCACGCGGCGGUCGGAGUGGCGCGCCAUGGGCGGCCGCGACCACUUCUUCGUCGCCGGCCGCACCACCUGGGACUUCCGGCGAGAACGCGACGAGGGCUGGGAGUGGGGGAGCAAGCUGCUCAACUACCCCGCCGUCCAGAACAUGACGGCGAUCCUCGUCGAGGCGAGCCCGUGGAGCCGGAACAACCUCGCCGUCCCAUACCCGACCUACUUCCACCCGGAGACCGCCGCCGACGUCGCCGCGUGGCAGCGCCGCGUGCGCGCGGCGGCGCGGCCGUGGCUCUUCUCCUUCGCCGGCGGGCCGCGCAAGGGCAACGGCACCAUCCGCGCCGACAUCAUCCGGCAGUGCGGCGCGUCGAGCCGCUGCAACCUCUUCCACUGCCACGGCGCGGCGGCGAGCGGGUGCAACGCCCCCGGCGCCGUCAUGCGCGUGUUCGAGAGCUCCCGCUUCUGCCUCGAGCCACGGGGGGACACCAUGACGCGGCGCUCGACGUUCGACGCCAUCCUCGCCGGCUGCAUCCCGGUGUUCUUCCACCCCGGGUCGGCCUACACCCAGUACACGCUGCACCUCCCGCCGGAACGCGGCGGGUGGUCGGUGCUCAUCCCCCACGCCGACGUGACCGGCCGGAACGUGAGCAUCGAGGAGACGCUGGCGGCGAUCUCGCCGGAGAAGGUGAGGAGCAUGCGGGAGGAGGUGAUCCGGCUCAUCCCGACGGUGGUGUACGCCGACACGAGGUCGAGCCGCGUCGACUUCAGGGACGCGUUCGACGUCGCCGUCGACGCCGUCGUCGGCCGGGUGGCGAGGCGGCGGCGCGACGAGCCCGACGCCCGGAGGUGACAAGAUCCACCGGGUGAUUUUGUAUGCUUUGAUUCGAUUUGAUUGGGCCAUUGGAUUCUCCAUGAAUCUGGGGCAAAGUGCAGUUUUUUUUUACCUUUUGUAAUUUUAGUUUUAUAUAUACUUUUAUUGCCUCGAUAUAUUGGCAUGUAAGAUCUUGAUUGAUUAUGUAUGAAACAAAGCAGAAUUCCUCAAA